CAGAUGAGUUGAGAAGAAUAACUGUAAAUAUACUGUACAGUAGGUGUAACAAUUACUGUAGUAAGAAUAAGAAAGAAUCAAGAUUAUACCGACAUAAUACGAUUAGUGAGAGCAUACAGAAUUCGAUUUUUUAUUGCAAGUAUCUGAAUAGUGGAAAGCACACAGGUUAUUUUGAGCACUGUGAAUUAAUUUCUCCACACAAGAUGUCUGCUGGCAAGGAAUUACAAUUCUUGAAUAAAAAAGAUCUAGAAUGCGCCAUCUGCUUAAAGAGAUUCGUGGAGCCAAAAACACUCAAAUGCCUCCAUAGCUACUGUCUUCACUGUCUGGAAAGUUUAGUGGGAGGACAUGGAAUAUUCUGGUGUCUCAAAUGUGGUCAGCAACACAAACUCAAAAAAGAGGAUUUGGAGAAACUCACUUCCAAUGAAAAAAUUCUCUAUUUACUUGAUUAUGUGGAAAAGAUCGAAUCUGAAAAAAAAUCAAGUACAUGUUCCAGCUGUUACAAUCCACCAACCUACCACUGUUCAGAAUGUUUACUCUACUUUUGUGGGAAAUGUUCCAAACACCACAAGAUAAUACCAGCACUGAAAAACCAUCAAUUAUACAUAUUGGAAAGCAAUGAAGAAGGAUGUACAGAUGAAAAUCACAAAUGUCCAACUCAUUUCAACAAUGUACUGGAAUUUUACUGCUCAACUUGCAACAAAUCAGCAUGUCAGGAUUGUAAUCAAGUUCUUCGUUGUUAUCAAAAUAAACAUGAUGUGAUUGAAAUGAAGACUGCUGUAGAUAAUUUUAACCAAAAUGCUUCUGAAGUUAUCAGACUAGCUGAGGGCAUUAAAAUCAAUCUGAAAAGAACACUUGAAUCUAUCCAUAAUGAUAUGUCAGAAUUUGAAUCAGCUGUUGAAGUUAAGCAAAAAAGACUAAUCAUGACAGUUCAAAAGAAAAGCAAAGAAUUAAUCUCCAAACUUGAAGAGAUACACAAAGAAAAGAAAAAAGACAUUGAUCAUAAAGUGGAAGAUAUUAAUUCAAAGUUGACUAAAGCAAAUGAUCUGAUGGUCCAUAUCAAUACAGUGACAAAUGAACAUGAAAUAGAAACUUGUGAAUCUUAUUGGCAACAUUUGAUGACUCUCAACGACAUGGCUCAAGAAGCUGAUGUGGGUCAAUCAUUUCAUGAAAGAAAUAUUAUACCAAACAUCAUUAUAUCUACACAAAUAGAUGAGCUGAUCGAUACUGAGGGCAUUGGUAAAGUCACAACUGUUGCUGACACGUACAAGGUUGCUAAAGAUGAUGAAGCAAUUACUGUCACUAAGGGACAAGAAUUUGUUGUAAAAGUAUUAGGUCAAGCAGAAAAUGAUGUAUUUCAAUUAUCUGCCACACUAAGGAACUCAUCAGAAGAGAUUACCACUGUGAUAGAGCAUCAAGGAUGUGGAGAGUACAAAAUACCUGGUAGAUGCAAUGUGGAAGGUGACUGGGAAAUGAAAAUCACUGUUGGAGGUGCAGAGAUAAAAGGAUCUCCAGUGAAUAUCAAGGUGGAAUCACUGGGACUUGCUUAUACCAUUGACAUAUCAAAAUACACAGAUGGAUUUGCAGCGACAGGCAUAGUGUUAGACACAAAUGGAUACAUUUUAGUAUCAAGCAGUCGUAAAUAUAUAUAUAAGUUCAGCCAAUCUGGUUUAUUUGUUGCUAGGAUACAGGUGACAAAAGUUAUGAAGAACGGAAGAAUGCAUUUUAUGUGUGAUGGUCACUUGGUGUACACUUCUGUUGGAAAAUGUAUUGCAAUGUGUGAUGAUAAAUUUCAAGAAAUCCGCUCAUUUGGUAAAGGAACAUUGAAGGAUCCACGAGGCUUAACAGUAAACAAUAAAACUAGAGUGCUGUAUGUAGCAGAUUUUAAAGCUCACUGUGUGUUUAAAUUCAAUGUUGAUGAUGGAAGACUGCUAGAAAAGAUAGGCUCUAAGGGUAAAAAAGAGGGUCGUAUGAAUAAGCCAUGUGAUGUCACUUUAACUAAGGAAGGUAAUGUGAUUGUUGCUGAAUUUGGAAAUAACAGAAUACAAAUGUUUGACGUAAAUGAUAAUUUUAUGAGAGUUGUAGUAAGGCAAGAAUUUCUGUAUCCUCCCAACGGUAUAAUUAUGGAUAUAUAUGAGAAUAUAAUAGUUUCAAAUAUUCAUAAACUAGAGAUAUUUGAUAAACAUGGUGUCUUCAUGAAAACAAUAGAUUUUGAUGAAUCAUUAUGUGGAAUCGCUGUAAUCUCAAAUAGACCUAGAAGGGUAGCAGUAGCAAACUACAUCCCAAACAAUGUUAACAUUUUUAAUUACUAAAUUACAUUGUAAUUAAAUAGUUAAUAGCUCUAUAUUGCUGAGGAAAUAAUCUGGCAACAUUUGUAAAAAAACAAGAAUAAAAGGUUGAGUUACAACAAUUACAUACUAACACAAUCAUUGGUACUACAAGUAAAAUAUGUAUAUAAAUUCAUGAUGCUUUUAUCUAUACCAUUAGGUCUAUAUUUCAUUUUUCGUACCACAAGACUCAUUUUAUCACAACAGCUCACAUACUGUCAUAACAAGUGAGCCCAGUGGCCCAAUAAAAAAUGAUAUUGAAGAAAAAAAAAUAUUCUUGAAUUUUUUAUUUUUUUGGGAGGGAGUAGGGGGAAUUUUUUUUUUUUUUAGUAAAUAGUUAGUAGAUAUUGUUUGUAUUAUAUAUCAAUCAUGCAUUUUACUUUAUACCAGGUGAUAUUUGGCUACAGAAUAAAAACUAGAGAUAUCCCCUAUGAGAAAUGGUCUCCAUUUCUAAUACUUUUUUAUCUUUUGUGUAAAACUAAAAUUUAUUUUCUAUCUUACAUCUUCUGCUACUGCGACAUUAGUCCAUGCAUUUAUUACAUCUAAGAUUGAUUUUUGUAACUCAUUUCUUUUUGGUUUGUCCCUCUGGUAAUUCAAGGCAUCUUCAACUUCUUUACUCUGCCACCCGUGUUGUCAAUAUGGCUAGGAAAUUUUCUCAUAUCACGCCUUCAGUGGCUUUCUGUCAGCUGAAGACUGAAGUUCAAGUUCCUUCUUAAAACUUUCAAUUUCAUCAAUGGACUGCACCUUUGUAUCUUUCCUCGCUUGUCCAUCUCCACACUACUUCUCGUCCAACUUGUCCUGCUUAUCCUAACAUGCUUCAUGUUGUUACACGUGUCACACAUGUGCUUACUGAACAUAGUUAGUGCCCCUUGGUUUGAAAACUACCUACUUUUAUAAUUUUUCACUAGGCUUAAUCUGUUAUAAGUUAUAUGUUCUUUUAUUGUUUUUUUCUGCAGCAUUUUUUUUUCAUUUUUAGUGCCGGUGGAAAUUUGUUAUUUUUUAACGUUAAUAGGUGCUUUAUAAGUUUUAUUGCAUUAUUAUAAUUAUCACAUCAUUCAUGACCUAAUAAUAUAGGCAUAUUAUGACUAAUAUCCGUUUUUUGUCAAAGAAAUUUUGUUAUUCUAGACAGACCUUUUAGGAUUGGUAGGCCUACAUUAUUUUCUCCCAUAAAGCAAAUAACUUUUUUAGGUUUUCUGACAAGAUUAAAGUGACAACAUGUUUCCUUUGUCAGUAUCUAUUGUACAUACAGUGCUCUUGAUUGAAUACUGUUGGAAAUCUGAGGUAACCAGGUUUACUUACCGGUACAUAGUGCUAGAGUUGUGUCUCGCCCCUCUAGAGGUCAGUAGGUUUACUUACAUAGUGGUAGAUUGUCUCGGCCCUCUAGAGGCCAGUAUGUUUACUUACAAAGUGAUAGAGUUGUCUUGGCCCUCUAGAGGCCAGUAGGCAUAACAACAGGACAGUAUGAAAGCCACUGGAGAAAUCAUGAUAAAUUUCGCCUAGGAGAGGGCGCCCUAUUUUUUAAAAUUAGUUCAAAUUUUCAGAAUUUGAUGGUGUUUGAAAAAAACGUUAAUUCAUCAAGUAACUUACUUAACAAAACAAACAUAAUAAUGAAACAAGUUUAUAAAUAGUUUAACAAUAUAGUGAAAUAUUUUUGUUGUAUUUGGACCGAAACCAUAAGGAGUAAUUUAAUAGACAAUUCGUGGUACACAAUUUUUAUAAGUUUGUGUUUUAGUAAUUCGCGAAUUCAAAAUACAAAAAAAUUUUGAACAGUAAAGCAUUUAAUAAAAUCCCUGCUGUAAAAAUUUAUAAUUAAAAAUAUUAAGAUGAAAAAUCGAGCCCUGGGGACGCAAAUCCGACUCUGGAAACUAAGGGUGCCUCCAUUUCGUUGCACUCGAAGACUAGCAUGUACUCCAUUUUGUAAAUAUCAGCGAUCGUACACAGGAAGAUUGUAAUAUACAGAACAUUUCGAAGACCGUGUGCUACACAAAUAAUUAAUUUGUAUGAAAUAAAUAUAUACCCUUAGAAUAAAUAUUAUUAAGUAUGUAAUCUUCUAACUCAGUAAUUUAUAGACAAUAUUACAGUUUGUCUCUAUUUGAUUCGUAUACGAGGCUGAGGCCUAAGGGACACAUGGGGGGGCCUAGCAUAUUAGCGUACCCGUAAAUAUGCGGCGACGAUUUUCCUUUUUAAAAAUGACUCCAUUGCUUCCGAAAUCAGUAUCUUGUUGGCUAAAUGACCAGUGUACAUAUGCAUGCUUCACAGAUUCACCCUGUCAUUCACAAUUUCACUCAAUAUAUGCGAUUUUUAGGACAUAAAAAAACAUUUUUAUAACAAUACUUAGUAAUAAUACUUUAUUACAUAGUACACAUUCACAUCUAGCCUAUCUCUUUUAAAUUAUUAUGGAAUAUAAAUAUACAUGGUGGUACUGUAUUUGAUUAUGAUAUCCUUCAGAACAUUUAUUUCAAUAACUGUGGUAGCCUAUUUCAAGACUGACAUAAACACAAACCUUGAUACAGUGCUGGAAACAAGAGUACUGAGGUAGACAACAUUUCAUUUUCUGGUUGGUACUUUACUAAAAACUGACUAAAAUAAGAAAUUAUUUAUAUUUGCAUAAGCAUUAAACAUAAUUAGUUUGCUUAUUUCUUCUGUAAGUAAUAAUAGCAAUAAUAAUAAUGAAGACACUUGUUCUUUAUAAACAAAGCAAAGCCUGUAUUUAAAAAAAUUAAAUCAAUAACAACACUGCUGCAGUGGUUUUUAUUUUUUUUUUAAAGCAAGUUUUUGUUUUUGCGUCAUUCUGAGUAGAUUAGAGUUCAAUGGUUGAAACAUUAAGCAUCAUUAUAAAGUUUUUAACAUUGCACGUUCAUAACCGUCAUUGUCUGCAAAUCUGUACAGAAUCUGAAAUUGGUGUGCAUAAAAUUAAAUAAAAUAUAUUGGUUACAUAAAUAUAAAGUAUUCAAUAAUAUAGAGAUUGGUAUGCUUUUUGUAUUUUUUACAAACACUAAAGCCUUGAGUCAUUAAUUAAAAUUAUUACAACAUGAAUCAAAUUGUGCUUGCGACAGCAACUUUAUUUUGUUAUUGUAUCUCAGUCACAAUGACCAAAAUAAUAUUUUAUGAAACACACUACACUAGUGAUAUAGGCUGUACCUUGUUUUUUAUGUCUUUUUUUUUAACAGGUUAGUGGUUUUGAGAGAAUUCUCUUUGGUGCCAGGCUUUAAGAAGCCCAUUUUUCUUUUGGUAUUCCGCUAGCCUGUCUGUUUUUUUGUUUUUUUUGUACUUCAUUUUCAUGCAUUUUUGUAUAUGAACAUGCCCAAUUUUAAUAAAUAGAA